GUUACUGUAUUGACUGUGGGAAAAAUGAUUUCUGUUCAGCCUCUCUGGAAUACUGUAUAAACCAUCCUGGAAUAUUCAAGAACAAUGGCCUGACUGUUUCUCUGGCAAUAUGCAUGGCCACAUCCUCCAGCUGUGUGUAAUCCAAGCUGUAGCCUCUUUUAUCCAUCUAGAACCCAAGAAUGCUACUGUGUUACGAGGCAGUGAGGUUCACUUUAACUGCAGCACUGAUGAAUCCUGGGAUGUCAUGACGUGGCUGUUGGGUGGAAGAACAGUCCUCACCAUCUCGGUGGAACAUGGUCCUCUGGGCAGAGAUGAGCAUGUGUCCGCAGUCAAUCACUCCAUCUCAUCUCUCUCCAUGUGGGAGAUAGUUCUGAUGAACGCUUCCUUCAACCCCAUUGUACAGGAAGUCAUAUGUCAAUUGCUGCCUACGAGACUUGGCAGAUCAUCAUCAGCCCUGUUUGUACAAGAAAAAGGAAAUGUCAGGAUUUUGGAGAGUGAUCUGUCAGUUCAAGAGGGGAUGCUUGUCACCUUCCAUUGCCAAGCGAGUGGCUGGUAUCCGGACCCUUCAGUGUCCUGGGUGGUCAGUGGCACCACUGUGGACAGAGGCGACUACAACACCAGCAGUCUCCAGGACCCCAAAGGCCUUUCCAACUCCACCAGUGUGCUUCAGAUAAAAGCAGAGACAAGCAGCACAGUGGAGUGUUGGGCAUCUGUGUCUGCCGCUGUAGCCCACCAAAGCAGCAGUGUCAAGCUGACUGUUGUACUCUUCAUACAGUGA